UUUAACAGUUAAGAAAAAAAAAAAAAAAAUAGGGGGCAUCACACUGAAGUCCGCGUUAUACAUAAAAUAGUGAAAGUGAAAAGAUUAAUCGAACUGUUUCUUUAAACACCUCUGGGUUGAUAAGAUGAAACGCAUUCCUUGUGAGCGCCCCCACCUUUAAGGAAGAUGAAGAUACCGAACCCCCGCGUUUAUUUGGACGUUGCCAUAGGGGGCAGGAACGCUGGAAGGCUGAUAUUUGAGCUGUUCAUGGAUAAGUUACCAAUCACCUGUGAAAAUUUUCGCUGCCUCUGCACAGGUGAGACAGGUCUGGGCUACUACCUGAAACCGCGCUGGUACAAGAACUCCCCCAUUCAUAGAAUUGUCACAGAUUUCAUGUUCCAAGGAGGGGACUUCAAUUUUGGGAACGGCUUUGGCGGGGAGUCCAUAUAUGGACAGUACUUCCGAAACGAGAAGUUCAUCUACCGUCAUUCGAAAAGAGGUGUGUUGUCCAUGUGCCAGACGAGGAUCAAACAUACAAAUAACUCCCAAUUUUUUGUAACCUUUAAAAGUUGCCCUUGGUUGGAUAAGAAGCAUGUGGUCUUUGGGCACCUGGAGUACGGAUUUGACACGCUUUCAUUUAUUGAGGAACAGUCUACCCUAAUUGGGAAGCCGAAGAAGCAAGUCUACAUUUACAACUGCGGGGUGAUACCACUGGAUCGAAUCAAACCCAAGUCGCAGGCGACGUCCGAGGAUGAUUACGUCAUACCGGAUAUAGAAAUGCCGCUGCUAGAGCGGGACAUCCAUUUUAACGAAAAUGCGGACUUCAGCGAGUUGAAAAAUAUGUACAAGUAUAGCAAGCGCGUUUGAGCGAAGAAAGG